GGAGGGAAGCCCAUCCCUGAGGCGCAAGACGGUGAUGCGGGAGAAGGGCCGGCGCCAGGCUGUGCGGGGCCCGGCCUUCAUGUUCAACGACCGCGGCACCAGCCUCACCGCGGAGGAGGAGCGCUUCCUGGACGCCGCCGAGUACGGCAACAUCCCCGUGGUGCGCAAGAUGCUGGACGAGUCCCGGACGCUCAACGUCAACUGCGUGGACUACAUGGGCCAGAACGCGCUGCAGCUGGCCGUGGGCAACGAGCACCUGGAGGUGACGGAGCUGCUGCUCAAGAAGGAGAACCUGGCGCGCAUCGGCGACGCGCUGCUGCUGGCCAUCAGCAAGGGCUACGUGCGCAUCGUGGAGGCCAUCCUCGGCCACCCCGGCUUCGCGGCCAGCAGGCGCCUGACGCUCAGCCCCUCCGAGCAGGAGCUGCAGGACGACGACUUCUACGCCUACGACGAGGACGGCACGCGCUUCUCGCCCGACAUCACGCCCAUCAUCCUGGCGGCGCACUGCCAGAAGUACGAGGUGGUGCACAUGCUGCUCAUGAAGGGCGCCCGCAUCGAGCGGCCGCACGACUACUUCUGCAAGUGCGGGGACUGCACCGACAAGCAGCGGCACGACUCCUUCAGCCACUCGCGCUCCAGGAUCAACGCCUACAAGGGGCUGGCCAGCCCGGCCUACCUGUCCCUGUCCAGCGAGGACCCCGUGCUCACCGCCCUGGAGCUCAGCAACGAGCUGGCCAAGCUGGCCAACAUCGAGAAGGAGUUCAAGUUCGUGGCCCACCCCAACUGCCAGCAGCAGCUCCUGACCAUCUGGUACGAGAACCUCUCAGGCCUGCGGGAACAGACCAUCGCCAUCAAGUGUCUGGUUGUGCUGGUCGUGGCCUUGGGCCUUCCGUUCCUCGCCAUCGGCUACUGGCUCGCCCCUUGCAGCCGGCUGGGGAAAGUCCUGCGAAGCCCUUUCAUGAAGUUCGUGGCUCACGCUGCUUCUUUUAUCAUCUUUCUGGGCCUGCUUGUGUUCAACGCUUCCGACAGAUUUGAAGGCAUCGCCACGCUGCCAAAUGUCACCGUCAUCGACUAUCCCAAACAGAUCUUCAGGGUGAAAACCACCCAGUUCACGUGGACGGAGAUGCUGAUUAUGGUCUGGGUUCUUGGAAUGAUGUGGUCCGAGUGUAAGGAGCUCUGGCUGGAAGGACCGAGGGAAUACAUUUUGCAGCUGUGGAAUGUGCUGGACUUUGGGAUGCUGUCCAUCUUUAUCGCCGCUUUCACCGCCAGGUUCCUAGCUUUCCUUCAGGCAACGAAAGCACAGCAGUAUGUGGACACUUACGUCCAAGAGAGCGACCUCAGUGAAGUUACCCUCCCACCCGAGAUCCAGUAUUUCACGUACGCCAGAGAUAAGUGGCUCCCUUCUGACCCUCAGAUCAUAUCUGAAGGCCUCUACGCCAUCGCCGUCGUGCUCAGCUUCUCCCGGAUCGCCUACAUCCUGCCUGCGAAUGAGAGCUUUGGCCCCUUGCAGAUCUCUCUGGGCAGGACCGUGAAGGACAUCUUCAAGUUCAUGGUCCUCUUUAUUAUGGUCUUUCUUGCCUUUAUGAUUGGCAUGUUCAUACUUUAUUCUUACUACCUUGGGGCCAAAGUCAAUGCUGCUUUUACCACUGUGGAAGAAAGUUUCAAGACUUUGUUUUGGUCCAUAUUUGGGUUGUCGGAAGUGACUUCUGUCGUGCUCAAAUACGAUCACAAGUUCAUAGAGAACAUUGGCUACGUUCUGUAUGGAAUCUACAAUGUAACCAUGGUGGUCGUUUUACUCAACAUGCUAAUUGCUAUGAUUAACAGCUCAUACCAAGAAAUUGAGGAUGACAGUGAUGUAGAAUGGAAGUUUGCUCGUUCAAAACUUUGGCUGUCUUAUUUUGAUGAUGGAAAAACCUUACCUCCACCCUUCAGCCUAGUUCCCAGCCCAAAGUCAUUCGUGUAUUUCAUCAUGCGGGUCAUUAACUUUUCCAAAUGCAGGAGGAGAAGGCUCCAGAAGGACAUAGAAAUGGGAAUGGGGAACUCCAAGUCCAGGUUAAACCUCUUCACUCAGUCUAACUCAAGAGUUUUUGAAUCACACAGUUUUAACAGCAUUCUCAAUCAGCCAACACGUUAUCAGCAGAUAAUGAAAAGACUUAUAAAACGAUACGUUUUGAAAGCACAAGUAGACAAAGAAAAUGAUGAAGUGAAUGAAGGUGAAUUAAAAGAAAUCAAGCAAGAUAUCUCCAGCCUUCGCUAUGAACUUUUGGAGGACAAGGGCCAAGCGACUGAGGAACUAGCCGCUCUAAUUCAUAAGCUCAGCGAGAAGCUGGCCCCCAGCAUGCUGAGAUGCGAAUGACCCCGUCACCUGGAACUUGCCUUGGACUGCAGCACAAAUGUGGGCAAUAAUAUUUCUAAGUAUGAAAUACUUGAAAAACUAUGGUGUAAAUUUUUAGUGUUAACUACCUUUAUCAUGUGAAUCCGUAAAAGUUAGGUCUUAAUGAUUUUCCUGUUUUAUCACAUGCCAAUGGUCUUCAUUUUAACUGUCUGCCUUGACAUUACCAACCAUGACACGCCAUCGUAUUUAAAGGCCCAAUAUUACUACAUUACUGACAUUUUUGUCCAUUUUAGAGUAAGUUCUACUCCAUCUUUGCACUACCUGUUGGCCUCCAAGAGACUGCAAUCUCCUUGGAGACAGGCACCAUUGUCCUAUUUAUCUUUGUGUCUCCAGCAUCUAGUACAGUGCCUGGUCCAUAGUAGGUGCUCAGUAAAUGUUGAAACCAACUGAACUGCCAACAAAAUACAAAAACAAAUAAAAAGGCCAUCACUAGGUUGCACACCUUCUCCUGUCUAAGUGCUAAAGGGAUUUUUUUUUUUAAAUAGAAGCUGAAAACAUUUCACAAACAGCUAUGACUUUGUCAGAUUUUCUUAGGAUUUUUGGCAUCACUGAUAAUCCUAGAAUUUUUGAGCCCCAAAGGAAGAAGGUUACAAAGAAAUGGGUUAAUAGAAAAUAUGAUUACAUUAUAUAUUUAAGUUUCAUAGAAUUGUUCAAAACAACACAUUAAAGAUUUUUCUAAAGUAUAUCUUGUUUGCUUUCUGUCUUAGAUUUUCAUUCAUUGUUUUUCAGUCAUGUGAAUUUAGUCAUCGGGGUGGUGAAUUUUUUUAAGGCUGGGAGUUAUGUAGCACUGUUAUUUUGUUUUAACCUCCUAAUCUCUACUUCUGAUGCUUUAAUGCUAAGUAAGGUAUCAACAACUGACUUCCUGUCUCGCCCAUUCGCUCCUUUCUGAGUUUUGGAGAAUAUGCUUAUGGGCAUAAAUAGGGAAGAGAAGUGGCUGUGUGCCUGGAAAGCCAUGUCCAGGUAUCACCAGGUGUGUUCCAUUUCCCUCUGGGGCCUCUCUUGCUUACAAUAAUGGACAUCUGUUUUCUUACCAGAGCAUUUCAGUUAUACUUUCUACUUGUGGUGUGUCUGUAUUUGACUUAUUAUAGAUCUGAGCUGAGUCUAGUAAUAUCCACAACGCCUCAUGACUUGAAUAGGAAAGGGGAUACAGGCCAGUGAGUGCCCUCGUCUCUUCACAGACCGUAAGACACUCAAAAGUAUUGUUUUUUAACCAGGGAGGUUCAAAUAUCUCAUAGAGUUAUGUUUAACGUCCUGAUUCCCUUCAGUCUGUUCCUGUCUAGUCUUACAGGAAUACAAAUUGUGAUCACACCUCAAGGAUAGUUUUAUAGGUCCUAAACACCAAUCAAAUACAUGGUACUUUAAAAGUCAUUACUCUCACACAUGAAGACCAAAAUGAACAUUAAAUGGAACUACGUAAAGCUCUUUAAAGAUGAUGUCUUAAUUUCUACAUUUUGGGACUUAAAACAGAAGUUUAAAAAAUACCUUUAUACAUUUUUGCUACCACCGUAGACUAUUUCAUUAACUUUUGUGCUAUUCUAGUAGUUCUUUGUCUUAAACAGUUUUCAAACUUUAUGUAUUUUAUGUUAUGCCUCAGAAAUGAAUAAAAUAUUGAGUUUUU